AUGGCCUUUCAAACCGCCCAAGGGCCAAACCAGCGUUUUGAAGACGUCCCCGGGUUAUUGGAAGCAGAAGAUAGUGCGGUGGAUAGUGAUUCCACUCUGGAGCUAAUAGAUGGUUCAUCGAGUUACCUCACAUCCCUCAAGUCCAGCAUUUUCAGUUACAGAUAUGAGAACGGACGUCGAUAUCAUGCGUUUCAUGAAGGCACUUAUUUAGUGCCCAACGAUGAUGAAGAACAGAACCGAAUGGAUUUGGUUCAUCACAUCUACAGUCUACUCAUGCAUGAGAAGCUUCAUACCGCUCCGAUCAGUAACAGCCCGCAGCGUGUCCUUGAUCUGGGAACAGGCACUGGUAUAUGGGCUAUCGAUUUUGCCGAUGAACACCCUUCUUCCGAGGUCAUUGGGACUGAUCUUAGUCCUAUUCAACCUGAUUGGACUCCUACCAAUUGUGUCUUUGAAGUUGAUGACUUUGAGGACCCAUGGGUAUACAAGAGACCUUUCGACUACAUCCACGCCCGCGAGUUGGAAGGUUGCAUCGCCAAUGAGGAACAGUUUUUUGAGCGCGCAUUCCAAAACCUCAGCAGCGGUGGAUACCUAGAGAUGCAAGGCCAGAGGGCAUUCUUCAUGUCAGAUGACGAGUCAAUCAAAAAAGCUGUGAAUGCCGAAAUCUGGGCUGUGGCCUUGCGAGAGAGCAGCAUCAAGUUUGGAAAGCCGAUUGACUGUGUAACGGGAUGGAAGGACAAGAUGAUCAAGGCGGGCUUCGUGGACGUGUAUCAGGAGAUACGAAAGAUUCCUAUAGGCGGCUGGCCUAAGGACCCGGUUCUGAAAGAGAUUGGAAAGUGUCAGGUUAUUCAGUCUUGUGCGGCUAUCGAUUCCUAUACCCCUAUGCUCCUUGGGAAAUUCCUUGGCUGGGGCCACGAUGAAGUGCAGGUUCUCAUGACAAAGGCUAAGAAGGAGCUUCAAGACCCAGCUAUUCAUAUCUAUCUUCCCGUUUAUUUCAUUUGGGGCAGGAAGCCUUGA